CAGGGUUUGGUCUGUGCCACUUGCUCGCUCUGCUUGUGCACCUGCCAGCCUCUCUCUCUCUUUCUCUCUCUCUCUCGCCCUAGCUGCCAUGGCGUGCUCCCCACUGCCUCGCCCAGCACCGCUCUUCCUCCUUGGUGCCCUCCUGACGCUGCCCUUGGUGCUGCUAGAGGAGGUGGGGAUACCUGGGGGCCUUUCCCCCGCAUCCCCCACAGACGAUGGGGUGCAGAAAGCUGCUGCCUUUGCUGUGGAGCAGUAUAAUACACGCAGCACAGACAACACCAACUAUUUCAAGGUGCUGCGCAUUGUGCAGGCGCAGUCCCAGGUGGUUGCAGGCGUGAAAUACUAUCUUACGGUGGAGGUGGUGAAAACAGCAUGUGAAAAGAGCAAUGGACCAAUGGCAUUCAACAAGAUCCAGAACUGUGAGCUCCCUCCAAGGGCUGAGCAGGAGAAACUGACCUGCUACUUCGAAGUCUGGUCCCAGCCUUGGCUGAACAAGAUGGAGUUGCUGAAGAUGAGCUGUAGCUGAUCUGGUUGGCUGAGACGGAUUUUGCGUGCUGACACCAAGUGCAGACGGUUGUGAGUGUGUCCAGCCGCCAAGCGACCUCUUGCGUGCAGGAUGGGCUCACAGCGAGCUUUGCUGCUUCCAACACGAUCCCAUUUAUGGGCCUCCACAAAUCAUGAGUAAAAUGGUGCGCUUAAGCCCAAAGUCGCAUUUUCUGAGUUUAAUUAGCCUUAAUAAAGCUCUCAUUCUAAUUUCA